AAACUUAUAAAGAUAAUACUCAAUUACAAACUGAUCUUUCAAAUUUGCAAUUUCAAUAUUUAGAUAAAGAAAAUAAUUUAUUAUUAUUAGAUAAUUCUGAAAUUUUUGAAAUUCAAGAAAUUUCUGAAAAUGUUUUUUUAGAAAAUGAAAUUUGA